GAGCCUGAGCUCAGAGCCUGUCUCAUUUUAAUCCACCGACUGCUGCCUUUCUCGUUAAGAGGCGGUAAAUUAGGACGAUGGGGCUGAGAUACUUCAUGAAGGACACAGAACCACUUUCGUUUGCAUCUGUGUAGCCUGUCCUACGCACCUCUCCACUCGAGGAGGAUUCAGCAUCAGACCCACAUAGAAAGGCUUCCCCCACAACUUGCCCUUGCCAGCCAGCAGCCUCUACACAGUCAGGCCCCGGUGCCAGCAGUCGCUGUUUGUUAGGUCAGGAGAUGAUGUCACAAGGCCAGCUGGCUACCUGGUCCUUUGCCCGGAGAAAGCUUUGCACCACAAAUGGGAACUUUUAGUGAAGGAGUGUCUGAGAGGACAUGGAAAAUUUUUCCCUCUUGACAAUCUCUGGGCAACGUCUCCCCAGCUUUGCCCUGAAGAGUGUACCUGACUUAACAUGCCCUGUGCACAAAAGCAGCUUGCCAGACUGCCUCCUCGCGGAACUGCAGAGCGGGGAGCCUCCGCAGCAGAACUGCACCAUCUACCGCCCCUGGUAUUCCCCUUACAGCUACUUUGUGUGCAUGGACCAAGACAGCCAAACCGACUCCUGCGGUUUCCCAGGGACACUGGGAGGCAACAGCCUAGAAGCCCCAGCCGACACUGGGCCUGCCGGAGACAUGGACAGUGGCUCCUCUUCGUCCGGCUCCCUGGAGAAAAUGUAUCCCCAAGAGAGCGGCGGCAGCAGCAGCAGCAGCAGGAAGGCCACGGACUGCAUCACUUCCCAGGACAUCCUUUUGGCUUCCAAGUGGCGGCCCCCGCAUGGGUGCCAAUGUGUGGCCUGCUGCCGAAUGUUCCCGACUUUGCACUCGCUCAAGGCCCACAUCAAACGCGGAGCUCGGGAGGGCUUCAGCUGCCGGGUCUAUUACCACAAGCUCAAAGCCCUGUGGGGGAAGGAGCGCAAAUGGCGGCCCAGUAAGCAUCCAGCGGGCAGCCACAAAAUGCUCAAAUAGCAAUGUCCAUCUGCAAGAGGCGCCAUAGCCACCGGGCGCCCAUCCUCUCCCCCGCAGCCCCAAAAUAAAGCAAGUUAUUGAUGCUGUUUAGAGCAAGCUCGUUGUUACACCACAGCCUCGCUCCCUUCCUCGCAUGGGGUCUCUGUUCCCAAAAGGGAGAAGCCUCUUUCUCAGACCUCAUCCUCCCUGAGUUUGCCCCUCAUGGUUAUUUCCACAGUUGAUGCUGCUCAAACUUUGGUGCCUCAAUAAGUAACCGAACAAACCCCUGUGUUGCAAAGAGAACGUCAGCAAUGUCUAGGCAACACAAUGACCAUGUACAUAUGCAAUAGACAAUCUUUAUAGAAUUCCUUCAAACCAUAACAAGUACAAAAUGAAAUCUUUAGUCUCAAAGUCUCUGAAAAUCUUUAAAGGAAGCGAGGCACCAGACUUUGUACGAUGAAAGACAAGCUGUGAAGCUUUGUGUAUUCA